AUGCAAACCCUCUUAAACCCUCAUCCCAUCUUCUUCCUUCCUCCCAGAAUCCUAAACCCUAAUAAGCUAUGCAAACCACGUACCCACCUAAAUCCCUCAAUUCAGUUCGUCUCCAGUACCUUCACCGGAAAAUUCACCGUCAAGGGUUUAUCAGCCGAUGAAUUCCCGGUUGAUGAGGAAUUCAUUGAGAAAUUCGGUCCAAAAGACGUGGAAACUGAAGACGAAGCGCGUCGACGCAAUUGGAUCGAAGGAGGUUGGGCUCCAUGGGAGGAAAUCCUCACUCCAGAAGGAGAUUUCGCGAGAAAAUCACUCAACGAAGGCGAAGAAGUAGCAUUGGAGAAUCCUGAUUCGAUUGAAGCGUUCAAAAUGUUGAGACCUAGCUACAGGAAGAAGAAAAUGGAGGAAUUAGGGUUGACAGAGGAUGAAUUUUAUGCUAAACAGUUUGAGAUUAAGGGUGAAAUUCCAGAGCCAUUGAAGACGACGUGGGCAGGGCCGCUGGUGAUCCGUCUUAUACCGCCACGAGAUUGGCCGCCAAGGGGGUGGAAAGUGGAUAGGAAGGAGCUGGAGUUCAUCAGAGAAUCUCAUAAGUUGACAUUUAGGGUUGAUAUUGAUCAAGUGCAGAAUGAAGCAAGGAGCAAUACAGAUGAUUUGUGUUUGGACAGAUAUAAGGUUUUUCUGAAGCAGUAUAAAGAAUGGGUGGAAGCAAAUAGGGAUAAAUUGGAGGAGGAAUCUUAUAAGUAUGAUCAAGAUUUUUAUCCUGGUAGGAGGAAAAGAGGGAAAGACUAUAAAGAAGAAAUGCAUGAGCUACCAUUUUACUAUCCAGGACAAGUUUGUGUCGGUAAAGUGACUACUUUGCAUCUCUAUCAAGGAGCUUUCGUUGACAUUGGAGGUGUACAUGAUGGGUGGGUUCCGAUUAAACGUAAUGAUUGGUAUUGGAUACGACAUCACAUAAAAGUCGGUAUGCAAGUAAUUGUUGAAAUUUUGGCAAAACGAGAUCCUUACCGUUUUCGAUUUCCUAUUGAGAUGCGAUUUCUUGAUCCUAAUAUCGACCACCUCAUUUUUAAGAGAUUCGACUUCCCACCAAUUUUCUAUCGUGAGGAGGAUACUAAUAUGGACGAGUUGCGUCGGGAUGCUCGAAGACCCCCUAUUUCUAAGGAUGAUCCUGGAAUCAAGAUCGAGGAGGAACCACUGAUAUCUAAUCACCCUUAUGUUGAUAAGCUAUGGCAAAUACAUGUUGCUGAACAAAUGAUUAUGGAUGAUAUGGAGAUUAAUCCCGAUAAAUACAAGGAUAAAAAAUUGUCGGAGUUAACCGAUGAGGAGGAAAUCAAUGAAGAAAACAGUGUAGAAUAUACCCAAGCUUAUUAUAAGGAAACUUUGCUACCCAAAAGGAUAGUGAAUGUGAGCAUAAAAGAUCUCGACUUGGAAGCUGCAUUUGCGGAGCGCCAGCAUCAUAAUGAUUUGAAAAGGCAAGCGAUGGAAGGUGGUGCAACGUCCUACAAAAUAGACAAGUUGAGGCGUAAUCAUGAAAUGGAUGAAUACGAUUUGGUUCAUUGGCGUCGGUCCUUGGAGGAGAGGGAGGCUUUACUUAGAGACAUAAGCUGCCGUAGAGCUCUUGGUCUGCCAUUACAAGAGCCGGGAAGUUACCAUGAUCCGAACAGUGUAGCAAAAGACAAAUACGACCCUGAAAACCCUCUGUAUCGAUACGAUUACUGGGGGGAACCGAAGAGUUCCGAGAAGAGCAAGCAAGAGCGAAUGAGAGACUUCCACAACAAGGGCAUUAUCGGGAGAGGAAUGGUGUGGUAUGAAACAUCCUACGAAGAUGCAAUGAAGAGAACGGCAGAAACAGAAGCUGCGGAAAUGCUGCAAUCGAAGCACCAAGACGAAGAUGAUGAAGACGAGGUCGAUAACAUCAUUUAUAGCAUCAUCACGGAACCACAGCCUGAAGUUAAUGGCGUUCAAUCGAAUGCGUUUUCAGAUGAAUUCGACUAG